ACUCGCGCUUUGGGUGCCUCGCGCUCGCCGUAGCCGAGCGGCCCCCAGUGCCCAGCUGCUCGCCCCGUGGCGCGGACCCGGACCGGGACCCGGGACCCGACCCAGGCUCUCAUCCUCCUCCUCCUACUACUCCUACUACUACUCCUCGUCCUCCCUCCUCCUCCUCGUCGUCGUCCCCUUCGUACUCGUCGUCCCAGAGAGAACCCCCCAGCCCAGCCCGCCCGCUCCACUACCACCACCACACAGCAAGCUUUAGGCUAACCACAGAACCGCCCGGGGGGCGCCGAGGUCUCUGAAUCGGCAACAGUCGGGGUCUUGCAGAGGAACCCAACAGGACCAACCGGUCGCCGCCCUCCUCCAGCAGCGACUGUAACAGCAGGGAUCUGUUUGAAGAACCCGGCUGAGUUGCUCCCAUCGACUCUCGAGACCCUUGCUCGAGGACUGGGCCGCCCCCCCCCCUGGCCAGCCACGACUCGCCCCGAGACGGAACCCGAGACCCCGCACUCGACACCAACCCCGGCUGAUUGCUCAUCUGUCGUCCGUCUAGACCAGGACCCGAGAAUCCAGCAUCCAAGGGUCCAGGAGGACUCUAGGACUCAGGGUCGCAGGACCACCACCACCACCACCCCCACGUCCCCUCGCCAGGACCCGUGCACAGAACCUCGCCCCGCGGGCCCGAGGCAGCCUCUGUGGGUAUCGCCAUGAGGAGGAGGUCGCGGCUUCUGCUCUGCUUCGCGGGCCUCUGGGUCGUGGGAGUCGCCUACUACAUCUACUGGGGCAGCGGCGCGACGCACAGGCAGCCAUGGUCACGGUUGGUUACGUACGGUGCAAAAGAAGUUCAACAUACAUACUCUAUUGUGAAAAUAAAAAGAUCUCCUUUCGAAACCAUGCCACCAGGCAAGGUACGGUGGAGGGACUUUGAUCAGAGCAUAUACAUCGGCAGUACACUGGUGAGGCCUGGUCAGGACCCAUACAACCGUAACAAGUUCAACCAGGUGGAGAGCGAUAAACUCAAGAUGGACCGCAGCAUUCCGGACACCCGGCACGACGCUUGUCGGUACCAAACUUGGGGCCCGAGCCUGCCGGCCACCAGCGUCAUCAUCACCUUCCACAACGAGGCGCGCUCCACCCUGCUCCGUACCGUCGUCAGUGUCCUCAACAAGAGUCCCGCACACCUCAUCCGCGAGAUCAUCCUUGUGGACGACUACAGCGAUGACCCGGAAGAUGGGAAGCUGUUGGCAAAAAUCGAAAAGGUGAAGACGAUAAGGAACGAGAAGCGUGAAGGUUUGAUGCGAUCGCGAGUGCGGGGAGCCGACAUCGCGGAGAGCGCCAUCCUCACCUUCCUGGACAGUCACUGCGAGUGCAAUGAACACUGGCUGGAGCCCCUGCUCGAGAGAGUGGCCGAGGACCGGACCCGGGUCGUGUGUCCCAUCAUCGAUGUCAUAAACAUGGACAACUUCCAGUACGUGGGCGCCUCCGCUGACCUCAAGGGAGGCUUCGAGUGGAACCUGGUGUUCAAGUGGGACUACCUGACCCCGGAGCAGAGGAAAGCCCGGCAGACAACACCGACCUCCCCUAUCCGGACCCCUAUGAUUGCUGGGGGUCUGUUCGUGAUGGAAAAGGCUUACUUUGAGGAGCUCGGGAAGUAUGACAUGAUGAUGGACAUCUGGGGCGGCGAAAACCUUGAGAUCUCGUUCCGCGUGUGGCAGUGCGGUGGUUCUCUGGAAAUCAUCCCGUGCAGCCGUGUGGGCCACGUCUUCCGGAAGCAGCACCCCUACUCAUUCCCCGGCGGCAGUGGCACCGUGUUCGCCAGGAACACGCGGAGAGCGGCCGAGGUAUGGAUGGACGAGUACAAGAACUUCUACUACGCGGCGGUGCCCUCUGCGAGGAGCGUCUCCUUUGGAAACAUUCAGGGCCGGUUGGAGCUCCGAGAGAAACUGAAAUGCAAGCCCUUCAAGUGGUACCUGGAUAAUGUCUACCCUGAGCUCAGGGUUCCGGAUAAGCAGGACGUGGCGUUCGGGGCGUUGCAGCAAGGAGCCAACUGCCUGGACACCAUGGGUCACUUCGCCGAUGGCACCGUGGGGGUCUACGAGUGCCACAACGCUGGCGGCAACCAGGAAUGGGCCUUCACCAAGGAGAAGUCAUUGAAGCACAUUGAUCUGUGCUUGACGGUGACCGACCGCAUACCUGGAGGCCUCCUCAAGCUCCAGGUUUGCAGGGAGAAUGACAGCCGACAGAAAUGGGAGCAAAUAGAAAACAACAGCAAGCUGAGGCACGUGGGCACAAACCUGUGCCUUGACAGCAAGAACGCCAAGGCGGGUGGUCUCACCGUGGAGGUGUGCAGCCCCUCCAUCACGCAGCAGUGGAAGUUUACGCUCAACCUCAACCAGUAACCAGUGGCUUUGAAUUGUAAGGGGCUCGGGGAAGCGGCCGCUUCCAUCAAAAUUUUCCGCCAUUUGCCAAAAUCGCCAUAUUCCUCCCCCCAACGGUCGUGGCACAGCUCACUCGGCCGUGCGCGAUUCCGUCCCGUGUGGCCCGUGGUUCAAUAUCGCCUUUGGUUAACGUUUAUUGUAAUUGUUUUUGCACAAAUUGUAAAUAAUCGCGGUUUCGUGCAAGCUGAAGGAGGGAGAAUCUGCUCGGAAACUAACCCCCGUGUGACUGCGACUUUACGAGCUGCGGCCGGAUCUCGGCUGCACCUGGAGGAGGUGUUUCACUUUAAACCACUCGUCUUGCUCCAUUGUACAGUUGCUUCUUGCGUACCGCCCAAUUUGCGCGCCACGUCUCAGGGCCACGGUGCCCUCUCCCGUACGCGGUUUUUCUCGUGCCGCGCCAGCGCGCACGGUAAAUAUCCCAGCGUGCCACGUGGCCCUGUGUGUUAACUGUCUGUCACACCCAAUUUACCCCGGCAUGGCCUGUUGAGCUGGGCUUGGAUUGAGUGGAAUUUUUUUUCGUCCCGUUGCUUGCAGCAGCACCCUUACUACAAUUCAACCACUGCUGGCAACGCCUCACGUCCAUCUCCCUCAACAGCCCUGUUUUUAUACUGUACAUACACACACGUGCACUCAUGUGUACAUGUGUACAAACACAUAGCAUCUCUUUGCUGACUUAUGGGACAAUAAAUCAAUGCAAAGCCCUGUAUUAUGUGCUUAACGUGCAACACAUUGCAGUGGCCGAGUGUACAUUACAAGAAGCAGCAUAAUCAAAGUCAACGUGAAUUGUAAAAUUACUCUAUUUUGGUUAAAUAUUAUUUUUAUUGAGGUAAGGAGCAGGACUGCAGUUAGCUCUUCGGGAAGCUACUCUAGUCACAUAACAAAUGCGCAUGCAGUCGCCCAGUGUACUAUAAGAACACCCACAAUACAGCAAAUCUCCAUUCUCCGCUGCUUUGCAUUCAUGUAUUGACCCAUAAGACACUUUUCAUUUGAUCCUUUAGAAAUCCACGAAAGCCGUAUUUCUGCCGAUGUUGAGCAAUUUAGCUUGUUGACAGUUCAGUAGUGGCACCUGCACGCGUUUCUCAAGCUGACCCCAUACACGUGCAAUUGUGAUCUGCUUUGGACAAAGGUCACGUCCCUUUGACUCUGCUGCAUGGCGCAAGGGUAGGAUGACCAGUCGCACGCAUGCAUUUGUGACCCCAUGGGGGGGUUAGCCUUAACCAAUUGAACGCACCAUUACACUUAGAAAGGAUAGUGCGGUGACCGUGCGAGCGUUGCUUUUGAUUUGUUGAUGAACGCCCAUGUGAUCACGAAUGCUCCUUUCCACUUGAUGGGGGGUGGGGGGGUGGGGGCACUUGACCACUCAUUUAAAAAACACAAAAUGUUUCGCCAUAUUUCAUUCGGGAUUUGCGAGACAUUACAAACCGUGUCCGAUUUUCCAAAGAUUCAACAUCAGAAACGCAUUGCGAGGUUUGUUCAAUCACGAUCCAUGCUGACAGUGAUUGCAAGCCCCCUGUGUUUGUUAGAAAAUUCAUACCAGCCGAGUCAAAAAGCCAAUUCUGUUUCUGUGAGCGGUUCAAAGCACGUCUCGCUUAAAUCGACCCGCUUAGAACCGCGUGCUAAUUCUGCCGAAAACUCGCCGCGCUUUCGGCUUACUUCUAAAGAUCUUUUCGAAGUGUCUGUAUGCUAUAGGGGGUCACUUGCCAAAUUAAGGAAACUUACAUCUUCGCCGAAAUCUUACACUAAGUUCCUGUCUUAAGGGGGUUUUUAAGCAUUGCGCUUUUUGCUCCGACUGUACGUGUGUGUCAUUUUUUGCAUGUUAGUUUUUUUUUUCAAUGUACUCUUCUUUUUUCAUGAAGUGGCUUACUAGAACAAAACUCUUUAAACUAGCUUUAAACUCUAAUCCGGCAGGAAUUUUUUUUUGGGUGCAAGUUUUGAAUGGAAUUGUAAAUUGAUUUUGGAAUGCCACGCGCCCCGACGUUUGUGGGUUACCUGUUGAGAAUAUACCACUCUCUUCUACCACUCACUCGACUUUUUUUUGUCAUUACGCAAUGCAUUUUAUUCCCGGUGAGAAUCGACGGAAUGUCAUUACAAAGGAUGUGUUUAAUUUUCUUCGUGCCGUCCGUUUCAGUUUUUUUUCACACAAAUUCCGAGCACAGGUCCAAUUGCCCAAAAUAUCACGUGGCCCGCAACAAGCAGAACGAUGAAAUUGCUUACACUUUCUGUGUAGUAUUCCUGGAUUGAGAUGUUAUUGGUCAUUGUCGCCACCUGCAGAGAGUCUUGUGACAUUACGCGUAUCAAUCCCACUGCUGGCCCAGGCACGGUCUUAAGAGAGUUUUGUUGAGCAGGCACAAAGGUGCCCACUCUAGCCACCUUUACUAUGGAAUGACUCUCUCCCAACAAUUUAACUUGUCUGCACACCAUUCAAUGUGGACAAAGCUAUCGAGCCAACUACAGUAUGUUCACAUGCACAUUAAUUUUUAUGAAUACGUUUCAAGUUAGCUUCAUGGCAGAACUUGAGUUUAAUCCAUUAAAUGUAACGAUCAGAAUGUUGAUUGAAAUUAAUUGAAUAAGAAUAGUUAAUUUAUAGUUUUUUUGGUUCUGAAUUGCAUAGUUAUCAUAAUGGAGCUAAGGUGGUCUAUGAGGGCGCUUUCCACUCAACUCUCCAAGUCAGACCCCCCCUCACUUCAGUGUUUCCAGUGUCUAGGGGGGGGGGGGGAGUCUCUCACAACAUGGAGAGUCCUGCUUCCCGUGAAAAAUGACCACGUCUGGCCCAUUGCGAGUGAUGCCACCUCCGCAGUUUGUACCACACCACCCGAGGCCAUCGCAACGCGCGCUCUCAGCCCAACAAGUGGCAAUGCUUUGCUGUCGGAGGCAGGAGGAGAUGGCUAUCGCUGCUUUCGAGUUUUGUCGCGUGUCUCGGCCGACACGAUCCAUUCAACUUUGCGCUUCAGCCUCAUGGCCACGGAACCACAGAGCCGCCUCCACUUCAAGCACCAUUUCGAGUUCUGAGACCCUGAACAGCAGGAUGCUAAUAAAGCACAGGCUGUAUUUUGAAGGGACAAGCCUUCAAGAUUCCUUUGCUAUCUCUACGAGACCCUCUGCAAAAGCAAAUGAAAGAAUAAUUAAGCAAACCCAAUGAAGCCUUCCACUCUUCAAGAAAUGUAAUCCAAGGAUUUUAUCUCCAUGUUAUUUUGACGUGGCUAUGGUGUGUCCGAUGCCCUGGAUGAUCAUUCAGCUCUCCAGGAAGAGAGCUCCUAGACCGUCCUGGGUUGGUAGAUUGGAUCAGCACACACAAUUCAAUAGCACCAAUACUGUUGUCACGUUGGCUAUAUGAUCCUGGCUGUUCCAGACUCCCUAAAUAAAUCCUUUGGAGUUAUGUUGUCCAUAUCUAUCGAUACAUCGUGGGCACCGCCAAGAUGGAAGAUUCCCCCGUCAUCUCCUUUGAUUUCUUUAUUUCAGGGGGGGGGGGAUUGAACGUGGGACAAAUAAUUUGAUGGUUCGAUUAACAAAGAUAGCAAAUACAUGAUUAAACUAAGCCUGUAAAGUUAAGUGUCUACUAACGCAACCUGCUCUGUAUUCUUCCCUUAGCUAGCGAUGGAAAUUCCACAUUCCCAUGGUGAUGUCGCAGGCUUUUCAUAGAAUGACCACUUCAAUUUAUGCAAAAUUGUGCUCAUUAUACUUGCAACACGAUCGUGAAAACACAUCUGGGUAUGAAAAAUUACACCCAGAGUAAUAAGCAAACAUGGUUACAAUCUCCUUUUCCAUUGUUUACCAUCCCAUAUGCACAUGCUGCCAUAAUAGCCUCCCCUCCAUUGAUUCUGAGAAUGUCAAACAAUCUUGGAGGUAUUUUUGUUUUGUUCAUAAUGUUAUCUCUAUGUGAAUGGGAUUGUAAGAAUGGGCUACGCCAAUGCUAGUUGCCAGCAGCUGGGCCGAGGCUGUAUGUAGUAAUGUAUUGUAACAGCGGUUUGUAUCAGAGCGCUAGCGUAAAUGUCAUCAUGUGAACAUCUUUUAAGAGUUGUAUUUGCAAUUUGAACAACAGACGAAGAAUUGGAUGUUCUUGGGCAUAAAACCGAAUUGUUCGUAUGUUGAAUGCAAACAACACUGGAAGCUAACGCGGUGUGUGGAUACGUCAUGGAUAUGCUACAGUUAAAUGUUUACAGACGCUGUCCGAACAGAAGUGUUGGCCUGAGAUGGUGCAAGUGGAUAACACACGGUUUAAACAUCUGACAAUGUUAAGAUUUCUUGGUGGUAUACUGCUACCUGGUUAGGGUUAUUACAAAUGCGUAAUUUUAACCCCCGAUUAUAAUUAUUGCCAAUAUUCUGUCCUUGCUGUUUACUUUGUUUUCGAUUGAAAUUAAGGAAUUUGUAUUGUUUUUUUUUUAAUUCUGUAUAUGCUUUUAUUUCUGCCUUUUAUAGUAAUGUUUUGGUGUUUCUAAAAGUCCAUCUGCCUUCCGGAAAAUUGUGGGAGUUUAUAGUCACGUAUAAACAAACCAUUGUAAGUUAUAUUUUUAAAGUGUAUAAAUACCGAAUAAACUUACGAAGUGUUUUCUUGGCAUACUGAAAGGUCGUGAGAUUGCCUUUUCAGUGGCGGCCAACCCAAGACUCACAAGCACAACCCGUCCGUACUCACCGCAUGGAGAGUCGUUUUACUCCUUGCACACGAAAAUUGUGCAUGUCAGUGCAGUAGUGGGACUCUUGCACAAAACGAACCACGCUCCUAAUUUAGGCCAUCAACUUAGGCAUACAAGUGAUGAAGGUCAGCGCCGGGGUGUUUGUGCAUUUCGGUUCAAAAUGUUUUCGUGUAUUUUAAAAUGGUUUAUAUUUAAUACAUCGCCACCUUUGGGAUAUGCAACAUACAUUUUUUAUUGUCAAGGUUUGCAAGCCACUGCACUUCUGUGAUUUGCCUGGGCCAUAAGGCUAUGUACCCACAUGUACCCACAUGGCCUCCACGUGGUUGGUAAAAACAUUUUUCACAGGUUUAGGCCCAUGUAAGCAAGUGUGUACAGGGCCGUGAUUGUUAAGUGAUUAGGAGGUCGUUGAAAAGUAAUUUGUUCCCCACUAGAGACACGGCCAAUAUGUCAUGCAGAUGCCCACGGCGGUGUGUGUCUCAAAGCCAGACCAAAUGCUUUUAUUGAGCUUGAUUAUGAAUUUCGUAGCACGGUUCAUCAGCAUUGUGGUCAGUCUGAUCGAGCUGCGGCCAUAGGAACGCGAGGGUGAGCGUGCGUGUGGAUCACGGUCGACCUGCUUGCUCUGCCACACGAGGAGCGUCGUGCUGCGUUCAAUAACCAACUCGCCACACCUGCUCUACGAUCAUUGGGCCUCCAUUAUAUUUGACCAUUGAACAAAUAUUGGUGGCCAAGAGUUACAAUUAUUUCUGUGGCUAUUUAAAAAAAAGAGGGUCUUCUCUACAUCAGACAUGUCAGCAGGUUACAUUUACAUUAUGGCUACAUCGUUUUGGAAGGAGUUACAGAUGGGCAAGUUUCAGGACUAGGGCAUUUGUGAGUACCUCAUUUCAUUAAAUAUAUGCCCUCCCCCCACCUCACGGCAAUGCGGCUUAAUUUGAGAGUGGUGCAACCACCAGAUGUGUUCCUGAAUUAAAUUAGGGUCUACAAUGCAUGGGAAGAUGUUCACCAUUGAGAUAGAUGUUAGUGGGAUGGGCGCACAGUGCAUCUCGCUAUGAGUGACCGCCAAACGAUUUGGUGAUGUAUUUACGGCUACCCCACGACAAUAAUAUGGAUCAUUUAUACAGAAAACAACGUCUUUUAACUCCUCUGAUACACUUGGUCCAACAUAGCCGGUGUGAUUUCCUUACAACUUCCAAUGACAUGUAAGCUGAGGUCAUUGAUAUCUCGCGGAUUUGUUGUGGACGCCCCCCCACCCCACAAUAAGAAAAAAACGAAUUAACCAGCGGAGUGAUGUCACUCAAACGUGGGGGUCAUGUAAUUGUUCCACCUCGGCCAAUCAAUACGCGGAUAUUUCAAGUCCGGAGUCUCGUAAGAAACCAGUAACGGGAUUUAUAAAUGUGUUCACGUAUAUCAAAAAGUGGCACCCUUGUACGGGGUCCACGUAUGGAUUGCGGGCACGGGUGCACUUUUGUACCUUUCAAAGGGUGCUUCUGGAGCCUGCCAACACAGCUGUAACCUGCAUUACGAGCAUAACAACGAGACAAACCCGUCGGGGUCGAUUCACACGCGAAUAGAACGAUCUUCCCGGCAAUGUGUUUGGGUGCCUGUCUGUGUUUUUUUUACAUUGUUGACUAUGUGGUUGUUAACUAUGGUGUUAGCUUUAUUACUCCGUUGGGGGAUGGGGUAGGCACCCGGACUUGGAAAAGUUGAAAAUGAAGCAAAAAAAAAACCCCUGGGCAGAUCCCACUCCUCGCAAGUUUCACUGGAGACGACUUGCUCAUAUAAUGGGAGAACUUUUAUAGACAGACCAUUACGUAAUACAGAACACAACAAUUUUGCUGCGUCAGUUGUUUUUUAUGUACAUAUUAACACAACGCGUGGGUGUAUGAGAUGACUGGAAAAGGUAAUUUAAACAUUUUCAGCCAAAAACUUUUAAUUCGGGCUCGGGAUACCGACCAAUUGAGUUAAGAAUGAGUUCAGGUUUAUUGAAACAUCUAACACAAUGUAUUCCACUGUCAAUUUUCAUCUUAAUUGGCACUGCCAGGCUGUGUAUAACAUUUUGCGUGACACGUGGUAGUUUGUAAUCUCAAGCAUUAUAACAUGGACAUCACAUCGCGAGGUGCAACUGGAUAAAUUGUGUUGCUAACAUUUAAAAUAUUUCUGAUGUGUGCUCUUAGUUUGCAAAGGGUAUGAAAUUUCAAUGUUGGGGUUUUCAUAAAAAAAUACAGAGUAUUUUCCAUUAUUAAUACAUUGGGUUGUCGCCUAUAUGUAUAUACAUUUUUGUUUUACAAAUGUAUAAUAAAAUAAUCUUCUGUU